AUGACGCUUCCCGACCCAGCCUUGACGCUGACCAUCCCCAGCCUCCACGACGGAACGACGCUCGACUGCCGCCUCUACCACCCGGCCUCGCUCGCCGCCGCCAACCCGCGCUCCCCGCCGUGGCGGCGCCAUGCUGCCGUGGUGGCGCACCCGUACGCGCCCAUGGGCGGAUGCUACGAUGACGCCGUCGUCGAGGCCGUCGCCGCGCAGCUGUUGCGCGAGGGCUUCCUCGUCGGCACCUUUAACUUUCGAGGGGCCGGUCACUCGGCCGGGAGGACGUCGUGGACAGCCAAGCCCGAGCGAGACGACUAUGCCAGCUUUGUCGGCUUCGUGGUGCACUACGUCCACAACCUCGAUCCAUUCCGCCACGACAAUCACGAGUCUUCCCCCGAAACUUCCCAAGACGAAAAUGACGAGCAGCAAGAUGGGCGCCAAGUGGCUGCGCCUCUCGAACGCCCCCCCGUUUUACUCAUGUGCGGCUACUCGUACGGCGCCAUGGUGACGACGCAGCUCGGCCCGCUCGAUGCCCUGCUCGAGCCCCUCGUCGCCCCUGCCGCAGACUCGGACGCCGCCGAGAUCCGCCUGCGUGCAGAGCAUCUGGCCGAGCAGCAGAACUCGAUGCUGGGCGGUGUGCGCUCCGAGGCCACGGCUCAGCGGCGGCAGAGAAAGGAGCAGCGGCAACAGCCGCACUUGCGUAUCCCAACCAGCCCGAGCAGACUAUCUGGCGUCCGGGUCGGCGGCGACGAGGGCGUUGGCCUGCGAAGAAGCCACGAGAGCUUCGGACGGAGGAGCUUCUCGCUCGACGACGCCGAGGACAAGCUGAAAAGGGGGGUGCAUGAUCUCCUGGCGCUACGAAGGUCCAGGCAUGAGGGAGGUGGGCACCACAUCUUUCGCCGGCGGUCGGUGAGCGGCCACGCGCGUCCCAAGAGUGCUCCGAGCGACUCGUCGGCCUUGGGCGCACCGGAGACGGAGACGGUGGCCGACGGCACCGACUCCAGCCCUAUGCACGAACCGGCCGGCCUCGUGGUGCCACGGCCCGCGUACCUCCUUGUAUCGCCGCUGCAGGGCCUCGUGACGCACCUGGCCACCAUGUCGCUGAUGCCGUCCGCCCUGCACAGCCGGACACGUCAUCAGCAUGGACAAGACGCCGAGGCCGAGGCCGAUGAUGUAGCGCAAGAGGCCAAGCUGGUGCGCAACCCGACGCUGGCCGUGUUUGGCGACCGCGACGUGUUUGUGCCGGCCGGAAAGCUGCGGGCGUGGACGGCGCGGCUGGGGACGGCGCGCGGGUCGCUGUUUCGCGGCCUCGAGGUGCCGUCGGCCGGGCACUUUUGGGCCGAGGAGGGCGUCAUGGGGGAGAUGCGCGAGGCGGCCGGGCAGUUUGCCGGGGCGCUGCUCAGGGGUGAGUGA